AUGGACGAUGGCUCCCCGUUAGACGAUUGGGAUUGGUUAAACGAUGAUACGAACAGAUUAUACAUUGAGCCAUCAACACGCUGGUCUCGCGAAAAGACACGAUACCUGUUUAAGACUAAUUUCUUAACACCUUACAAAAUAUGCCUACUAGCAUUAAUCGAUGCUUAUUGUGAUCAAGGGAAUGAAGACUUUGAAGUGCCAUUAUUAUAUUUCCUAAUUGAUAGGUUGAGCGUUUGUGAUGAUUAUAGCUAUCCGGAGCCAACACUGCCUGAGCUUUGUGCAAGAAUGGAAGAAAGCGAUAGUAUUAAUGGAAAAUCGAUAAAAAUGACCCUCUUCGAUAAGUUAAGAGAUCUCGAGACACCGCAUGAAUUUAUCGAGUAUAUACAACAUACGGGAACCCUGUUAACAAGAAAUGAACUUAAAGACGAGGGGAAAGGACUGUCUCGUUACAGCCUAUUUGGCAUCUUCGUGCGUCGAUGCCAUAUUGAAUGUUUGCGCUUGUCUUUUGCUGAGAUUUCACUUAUUUGGAAUGCGUUUGUAGAAUACAAAUUAUCAUGUCUUUCACUUGAGCCUGACAGAAGUGUGUAUACUUUAUCUCACAUGGCAAAAGAGUAUACGAUGCAUAAACAAGAGAUUAUUUCUAAAAAUGAUGCAGAGAAGUUUGCUGUGUAUGUAAUAACUCAACUACAGUUAUAUGGAGGAAUAUUACCUCCUCAUCUUGAGAAUAAAAUACGAAUGAUUCACAAAAGACUUCCCGAGAUAUCUACUAUAUAUUAUAUAGAAUAUAUAGACUGUAUGCAAUCGGGAGAAUAUGAAGGUGCUUUACGUAAUUUCUACAAUUUCUCUAACUUUUGUCCAGUGGAUGAAGGAUACAGUAAAUCGUGGUAUCAGCAUGUAUUAUUGAAUCUCGUAAAACUGCAUGCUAAGUUUGGACACAAGGAACAAGCAUUGUUGGGUGAAUCGCCCACCGAUGUCUUCGAGUCUCUCCUGAAGAGCUCUUCAUUGAAUCUAAGUGCACCUUGCGCUGUGAACGAGCAAUCUCAUCUUCUGUUGGCUAGUGUCUGGGACAUUUAUGGUAACAAUGGAUUGUCCACUUUAUACUCUUCUCAAAUAAUAACAAAGAAACGUCCAAAUCCAGAAGAUAGUGUCAUUGCAUAUUGCCAAAUAGCCGAACAUCAUAUGUUAAAUGGAAAUUAUACAGAGGCAAUAAGACUGUUUAUGGACUCUAUCGAUAUUUUUAUUGAUAUACGUCGAGCAGCAUCUCAAUGGAUAUCCUCUCUUGGAAGAAUAAAAUACACCAAAAGUCUAGAGAGCUGCGAGUUCCAUAACAUCGAAGCAUUAGAGACCCAAUUACGUGCAGCCUGCCAAUACGAUCCAAUAGUAGCUGCCGAUUUCGAAUACCAAAGAGCAUCUCAUCUAGCCAAGAGCAAUAGAGAAGACAUGAGCAGUCGUCUUCGGUCAACAAAUCAAAUGAACGUUGCCAAUUAUUUGCUGAAAUUGGCUGAAAUCAGGAUGAUGUCAACUCACCAAACAUCGGCGCUUCCAUACGUGUUAUCUUCUCUCUGCUUAAGUGAACGAUUUCAUUAUCGUAGUAGUUACUUAAUGGCCAUUAUUCGACUUGCUGAGAUCCUUUUGGGUUUCAACCUGGCUACUAGAUCUAUUGGCAUGAUAGAGAAGAUUAUGCCAGAACUGCUUGCAGAGCAUUCUUUGCGUUUACAAUCAGUUGGACAGUUGGUAUACGCUGAAUGCAUUAUCGCAAGCAUUACUGAGGAUCAACGGGCUGGAAGAAUACCUACGAAUAGUCUCAACGAUACUGUUCCGUUCUUGGAAGCAGCUCUUACAGGUUUUUCUCGCCUAUGUUCAAUUACCGAAGCCCUCAAAGUGCUUCAGUUGCAAGCUUACGUUUAUAAUGUGAUGGAAUCUUUUUCUUUACGGGAUAAGGCUGCUUCUGCUUAUCUAAAUCUGCUUAAUGACCUGGAAUUUAAUGAGAGCAGACAUCCUGACCAUGAUAGUUAUUAUUAUGGCAAGUAA